AAUUAAUUUUUUUACAGUUCUUUCCCCUUUAUUUCCGCUCUUUUCUUUGCGCGAGUCCAAACUUUUGAUCGCUGCUGUUUCCCCCCGUUGCACAGACUUGGGACCAUUUGUUAUUUUUGGGGGGAGGGCAAUUAAUUUUUUUUCCCUCUGUGAUUGUGUUUUCCUGGCUUUUUUUUAUGUUGCAAUUUGGGGGUGGGGGUGCUCGCUCGGUUUGUUGUGGUUUUUGCUGUUUGCCACCCUCCUAACUUCUUCGGGAUUUGCAAGCAAGUUUUUUGAUUUUGUGUUUUUUUGUGUUUUUUUUUUUUUUUUUUACUUUUUUCGUCUUUUUGCAAAGAAGAUUUUUGGACAAGUGGGGAAAGACACAAAAAGCAACAAUAAAAAUAAAAAGGGGAAAAAAAAGGCUUUGGAGGAAGAUUGUACCAAGGAAAGAAAACUGCAAAGAAACCUUAUCAAGUCAUUUAUCCCAGCCACAGAUAUGAUGAUGAUGAAAGAAGACUGUAACUAAAGAAGAGAGUGAUUUACUGCGCUUUAAAGGAGAAGAGAGUGGAAUAAACUGCUGAGACCCGGUCCAAACACAGAUACUGAUUUUUUGUUGUUGUUGUCGAUCUGGUUUUUGCCUUUUUAUUUAUUUCUCUUUUCACGCGCGUGUGUGCGAGGACAGAGCGAGGAGUCAGGAACUGAGACUGACUUCGGGAGCCGGAGACCUAUUCGCCUUUUCCUCCCGCAGCCCCCGCUCCGCUCCCCGCCGGCGGCGCAGCCCGCUCGCCCGCCGCUCCGCCCGGCAGCAUCGAUCGGGCUGCGGCGGAGGCCGGCAUGGACGAGCAGUCCAGGAUGCUGCAGACUCUGGCCGGCGUGAACCUGGCCGGCCACUCGGUGCAGGGGGGCAUGGCUCUGCCUCCUCCCCACGGACACGAAGGGGCAGACGGCGACGGCAGGAAGCAGGACAUCGGGGACAUCCUCCAUCAGAUCAUGACCAUCACUGACCAAAGCCUGGAUGAGGCACAAGCAAAGAAGCACGCGCUCAACUGCCACAGGAUGAAGCCCGCGCUCUUCAGCGUCCUCUGCGAGAUCAAGGAGAAAACAGGUUUGAGCAUCCGAGGAGCCCAGGAGGAAGACCCUCCCGAUCCCCAGCUAAUGAGACUAGACAAUAUGCUUCUGGCAGAAGGAGUCUCAGGUCCGGAGAAAGGUGGGGGAUCGGCAGCAGCAGCUGCAGCCGCAGCAGCCUCUGGAGGGUCUUCAGAUAACUCUAUUGAACACUCAGAUUACAGAGCCAAAUUGACCCAGAUCAGACAAAUCUAUCACACAGAGCUGGAGAAAUAUGAACAGGCAUGUAAUGAAUUUACCACACAUGUGAUGAACCUUCUCAGAGAACAGAGUCGGACACGUCCCAUUUCUCCCAAGGAGAUUGAAAGGAUGGUGGGCAUCAUUCAUCGAAAAUUCAGCUCCAUCCAGAUGCAGCUCAAACAAAGUACUUGUGAAGCGGUCAUGAUUUUAAGGUCAAGGUUCCUUGAUGCCAGGCGGAAAAGGCGCAACUUCAGUAAACAAGCCACAGAAAUCUUGAAUGAGUAUUUUUACUCCCACCUCAGUAACCCUUACCCCAGUGAAGAAGCCAAAGAAGAGCUGGCAAAGAAAUGCAGCAUCACAGUAUCGCAGGUGUCCAACUGGUUUGGAAAUAAGAGAAUCAGGUACAAGAAGAACAUCGGGAAGUUCCAGGAAGAAGCCAACCUUUACGCGGCAAAGACGGCUGUGACCGCAGCACAUGCCGUGGCCGCGGCCGUACAGAACAACCAGACAAACUCCCCCACCACACCAAACUCUGGUGGAUACCCUGCGUCAUGUUAUCAAUCAGACGGGAGGAUACAAUGAUGGCUUGGGAGGAAAUUCACUGUACAGUCCACAUAAUUUAAAUGCUAAUGGAGGCUGGCAGGACGCAACUACUCCAUCUUCUGUGACUUCCCCUACAGAAGGGCCGGGAAGUGUGCACUCUGAUACCUCUAACUAAUCUCCUAGCAACACUUUUUCCCUGAGCUGAGAUGCCUUGAUUAGCGCAUUCAGAGUCACAGGAGAAAAAGGAAAGAAUUUUUUUGUAGCCAACCACCUACAGCUUUACUGUAAAACCUUGUCUUAUUAGAAAACUUGGUAAAUCUGUUUUUUAAAGGUAUCAUAAUCAUUUGUAUUUAUACUUAAAACACACAAUGUUAAAAAGCACUUUAUCCAAUUAGGCCAAGAUUUAGCAUUGUUUAUAGCCCUGUAACUAUUUUAUCAUAAUUUAUUAUCAACAGUUUUAACAAUAUUUGUCUAACAGUUGCCAAUUACUUGGCCUUAAGGGUAAAAGAACAGUACAAGUUUAACCUCAAUAGCAAGAGCAAACACAAAGAAACACCUCACCUAAAUUUAACUUCUUGCAUAUUUCCAUGGAAAGUCUAAAUGAAUUACAGACUUUGAUUGUGUUUAAUCUUUUCAUAUCUCUUAUAGAGUUGGAAUAAAAAGAACUGUUCGGUCAUUUCAGUUAACAACGGUUGUGUUUAAGAAUCAUAUUCAUCACGUUUUUGUUGUGAUCUAUUGUUUUAUAAAUUAGAUUGGAUACCAGGAGCAUCUUUUCUUGCUAAAAACACCGGGAGUCUACUCUCUGUAUUUCAACAAUGGACGUAGAUUGUUCUUAAGAGAUGAAGAUACUUGCUGCUUAUUUCUGUGAAAGCCAAGAUCUGGGGUUUUACAGUACGAGCUAGGUGCUGCACAUGAUUGCCAAGAUUUGUUACUUCUUCUUGGCAACAAAGCAAAUUAAAAAAAAAAAAGGAAAAAAAGCAAAAGAAAAAAAAGCACCAUUAUAUGGAGUGUUGUAUAUAGUGUAGCAAAAGAGUAUUUAUACAUCUCACCAAUCAAAACACAGCUUUAUUACCUCAUGCGAACUCAUACAAACCAAUAGACUUUCAACAUGUUCUGUAGCUUAGAGUGCUCACUUACUACCUCUGAACGAUACUCACGCUGUAGUUUGUCUCUUUCUUAUCUUUUUGCAUCUUGUAAUUAACUCUUUGUUUCCCUCAUGAAAUGUAAUGUACAUUGUAAUCUUUUAAAAGAAUCAGGGUUGCAUUUGCAACUUUUAAAAAAGCUAAAGUGGAAACAUUGGGUCUUAGGUUUAACACAAAACAGUAAAACUGUUGUAAAUACUGAGAAACAUUUUGAAUGUUCUUCAUCUUGUUACUAAUCCACGCAAAAAAUACAACUAAUUGUAAUGCAUACAGACUUCAGUAUUCAGUACUGUAUAUUCCACCCUGUGUAACAGGGCGCCCUUUCUUUCUCUCUUUUGUAUUGUAUGCGAUUCUGAAACUGAUUGAGUCAUGAAAAUAAUUUGUGGCAGUGAUUCUAAUGUAUUAAAACGUUUCGUGUUACUUUCUAACUGGAUUACACCCUGGAUUGAAAAGUCUUCCUCGUGGUAGUUAUAUGUAGU